AUGCAUUUUGGCGUACCACCUCGCCGACAACAACGGCGGAACCGGGACGUCAAGAAAAUGAUACCACUCACCCAUGGGCAUCUCAUGAUCGACCUUGAGGUUCCGAACAAGCUGAUUAUUCCAGAAAGGGGGAGAGAGGAGUCCCUUUAUUGCAGGUACACUGGGGUCACCUGUGACCCAGAUGAUUUUUCCACCAAUAAUUAUUUUCUUCGCCAAAACAUUUCUGGACGUGAAACGGAAAUAGCUAUUUGCAUCACAAUGUAUAAUGAGGAUGAGGUUCUGUUAUGUCGAACGUUGUACGGAGUGAUGUGCAAUAUACGAGAGCUCUGCGCCGGAAAUCAAGUCGUACAUGGUAACUGCGGAGCCUUUUUGGGUAAAGAUGCUUGGAAGAAAGUUGUGGUUGUCAUUGUAGCUGAUGGCCGUAGACACAUUCAUCCUCGGGUUUUAGACUGUUUAGCCAUAUUAGGGGUGUAUCAACCUGGUCGGCAUAUGAGCAACACUAUUUUGGGCGAACAAGUGACUGCACACCUCUUCGAAUACACGGCAACUAUGGCUCUGGACGCGUCGAUACAGUUCCAAUUAAUGACACCCACCCAGAUAGUUUUCUGCAUGAAGGAGAAGAACCAGAAAAAAAUCAACUCUCACCGCUGGUUCUUCAAUGCAUUUGCAAAGCUUCUGCAGCCCAAAGUCUGUGUACUAAUCGAUGUUGGAACGCGACCUGCCUCGAAGAGCAUAUAUCAUCUGUGGAAAACAUUUGACCUGAAUUCCAACGUCGGCGGAGCUUGUGGGGAGGUAGCUGUUUAUAAGGGGCCUCAAUGGAGAGAAUUACUCAAUCCACUUGUCGCUGCGCAAAAUUUUGAAUACAAGAUGAGCAACAUUCUUGACAAGCCUCUUGAAUCGACUCUAGGGUAUAUUACCGUGCUGCCAGGAGCCUUCAGUGCCUAUCGUUAUAUUGCGCUCCAGAAUGACAACACUGAGCGUGGGCCGCUAGCAUCAUACUUCAGAGGGGAGGUCGCAGGAUUUGGCCACCAACAGGGAAUAUUCUCGAGCAACAUGUGUAUGUGUUGUCGUGGACUUCAUCGGAUUCUAUGCUUCGAACUUGUGGCUAAACAUGGUCAUGAUUGGAUUCUCCGCUAUGUCAAAUCCGCUGUCGGCGAAACAGACGUCCCCCACUCUCUUACCGAGUUUAUUAGUCAACGACGACGAUGGCUCAAUGGAUCGCUAUUUGCCUCGGUGUACGCCCUCGCCCACUUUCCUCAAAUCUUACGGUCGGAUCAUAGCGUCGCGCGGAAAACAGCUCUCAUGAUCGAAACCGGUUAUAAUUUCCUCAAUUUGUGUUUCUCUUGCGGCUUGUUUUCUAUUUGCCAUGGGAACAAACCAAAGGCUAGCCAGUGGAAGUACAAAGGCGCGGCGAUUUCCUUUGCUGCCGUUAGCGCAUAUAUGAUUGUUUGUGCCAUCUUCUGCGCUAUCCAAGUGGCACACUCAGGCAAGACUGGUCCUUAUUCCAAGCUAGUCUUAUCGAUUCUUUGUACCUUUGGGUUGUGGUGUGGAGCCUCCAUGCUAGCACUGGAUCCUGCACACUUGCUAACAUCCGCUAUCCCUUACAUGCUUCUGUCCCCUACGUAUAUCAUCAUUCUAAACACUUUUGCAUUCUCCAAUCUGGACGAUAUUUCAUGGGGUACUAAGGAACAGGUCAGAUCCGAGGACGACCUUGGUGUCGUGAAGUCAAAAAUACGUGGGACUCAAAACGUUGUGGAAGUAGAACUACCGUCAACAGAAGAGAAGGAUGUUGAUGCUCUAUACGUUGAAGCGCUAGAGAACCUUAAGACCCGUAAACCGAAAGACCCGCCCCCCUUGGACGUUCAUGCUGCCCAGAUGCAGGAAGCAAAGGAUUACUAUGCCAACAUCAGGACCAAUGUAUUGCUUUUUUGGGUUUUAUCGAAUGCCCUUCUUGUCGUCAGCAUCUUGGGGGUAGGGAAUGCAACAGCCACCUUCUCUGAUGAUCCUAGCGGCCAGCGAACACGCGCAUAUAUGACUUGCGUCCUUAUUUUCGUUGCAAUUUCUAGCGCAAUACGUUUUUUUGGAUCUACGGUGUAUCUCGUAACUAUGUUGUUCACGGGAUAA